UGCUUGUCCCUCUUUACCACACAAAGAAAGCUAGCCAAACAAGCUUGGAGCCCCACUUCAUGCCCAUUUUGAUCCGUCCUUGGCUGCCACCACCACGCGCUCGUGUCCCUACGAUUACACUGGCGAACUCAAAUCAAAUUCACUAGAAACUGGUAGAAUUUGGCACCUCUUAUAUUCAAAGCUUAGCCGUGUAUAUAUAUGACCAUGACCUCCUAGAGCACCAUGACUCCAUGAGCUAAUAAUCCAAGAAGAACCAUACUGCCACUCAUGUCUACUGCGUCCUUUGUCACCUACCUUCAGAGGCCCCGGGAGCUGCCGGUGCCGGAGUUCCGGGCGCCGCCGCCGUCCCCGGUCACCGGCGUCCUGACUGGCAGCAGCUCGGGGUCGUCCGGGUACGGUGAGUGCCACCAGGAUGACGACGAUAUCGGCAGGUUCCUGCGCUGCUCCACCAGGGUCCCAGUGCUGCGGCUGCCGGAGAGGCCCGGCCCACGGAGAAACAAGAAGGCGGCGGCCUGGGCACCGCCUGUCGUCGACAUGCGCCUGUUGCACUCACUGUCGUCGGUGGAGGGAGGCGGAGGGUCCGCGGUGGAGGCACUGAGGUCGGCGGCCGUCGCGUUUGGGUGCUUCCAGGUGGUCGGCCACGGGGUCGACGCGAGCUUGCUAUCGGCAGCGUUUCGUGCUGCGAGGUCGGAGGGAUCGCCGGCGCUGGAGACGGAGGGAAUCCGAGCAGGAGAUGAGGAUGAGCUGUGGUGGCUGCGGGGCGAAGGGGACCAAGAAAUGGCGGGAACUCAGCCGUUGCGAAACGGUCCCAACCAAUUCAUCAGGAACAAAGCAGAUGAUUUGUUUACUCAGCUUGAGCAAGCUUCAACCAAGCUCCUGCACGCCUUGCAGUUGCAGCAAGCCAGUGCAGCUGAACCGUUGGCUAAAGCUGAAGCAAACGGCUCGCUUCUCUGCAUCCGCGAGCACCGACGCAGCGGCAGCAGCGCGUCCGGCGGCCCGAUCAGCCAAGAUGACGUCCUGCGGAUGCUGGUACGGAGCUCGCGGUGCUCGCGCGCUCUCGCUCUCCACCUCUGCCCCGGCGCGUCGGCGUUCCACGUCUUCUCGCGGCGAGGCUGGUCCAGGUUCUCGCCCCUUGACGGCGCCCUCGUGGUCACCGUCGGGGACCAACCACAGUGCGGGCACUACAAAAGCGUGUCUGGCAAACCAGCUUACAGCAAUGAUGAUCUCCAAGGAGACAGCAGCGAUGCCAUCUCGGCAGAAUUCUUCCUUUCCUGCUCUUCAGCAGGAGCGGCAAAGGAGACUAUGAACAUGGACACCAUGAAGGUCAUCCCGUUGAAUCUGCAGAUCAUGGUAGCAGCUUGCCUUGUGCUUGUUUACCAUGUCUUCCUGUCAUGCUCGUAUGCCAUUUGGUAAUGUUCAGCGAGACAGCAACUGCAGGGCUUGUUUCCCUUUACUGAGUAUGCAAAAGUAUGCAACACAUUUGCCACUGUUAGUCAGCCUAAACAUCAGAAUGGACAAAACCCAAAUUUGGUCUCAGUUAUCGGAAGGAUAGUACUCCUAACACAGUAUCUACAUUUACAUA